AUGUGGCGGCGCACAUAUAUUCUUCUGGUGCUAAUACGCCUUUACUUUGCUCUUUCACCAAGCUACCUUCACCCCGAUGAAAACUUCCAAGGACCAGAGGUUAUUGCAGGUCAAGUAUUUAGCUACCCCAUUCGCUUGACCUGGGAAUUCACUUCAACCAAUCCUGUACGAAGCGUCUUUCCACUAUGGCCAGUUUACGGUCUUCCUAUGCUUCUCUUGCGCUGGCUCUGGAUGGGAAACAAAAAUAAUAACCAUGUUCCCCCUAUAGCAGCCUUUUGGACAUUGCGGGUGCUGAUGUUCGUCCUAAGCUUUGUUUUGGAAGACUGGGCUCUACAUGAAUUAAUACAGAUACCUAAACAUCGCAAAGUUGCUGUUAUGCUAGUCGCAUCCUCAUAUGUUACGUGGACUUAUCAAACUCAUACCUUCUCGAACUCCAUUGAAACUUUGGCCGUUGCUUGGAGCCUUGUUCUUAUCCAAAGAAUCGUCGAAAAUAAGAAACGAUCUUCUUGUUUCGCCUCUGCUAUACUUGCGUUUGUAGCUGUAUUUGGCAUUUUUAAUCGAAUAACUUUUCCGGCAUUUCUCUUGAUUCCUAGCCUUCGUUUAGUACCUCAUUUUAUAAAUAAGCCCUCAGCGUUCCUAGCGACUCUACUUUCUACAAUUACUUUCACCUUUAUAGCUAUAACUAUCGAUACAAAUUUUUACAGCGAAAAAAAUAUAACUUGGUCACAUUUGCUUUCACACCCCUUUGUUACUCCCAUAAAUAAUCUCAAGUACAACCUUUCUCCGAAAAAUCUAGCACAACAUGGUCUACAUCCUUGGUACCAACAUGGUGCCUUUAACUUACCACAGCUUGUGGGUCCCAUCAUAUUUCUAUUGUUACGGCCAAAAUUCAACAUGAGACUUUACUCAGCUAUGUCGGGUAUCUUCGUUUUGUCUCUCUUCCAGCAUCAAGAAGCUAGGUUUCUUCUUCCAGCCGUACCUCUAAUUCUAUCCUCGGUCAAACUGCCGAAGAAUCAAAUAAUCUUGAAACUUUGGGCGAGUGCAUGGAUCAUUUUUAACGUUUUAUUCGGCGUCUUGAUGGGCGUAUACCAUCAAGGUGGGGUUGUCCCAACCCAAGUUUUCCUUAGCAAACAACCCGAUGCUACGCACGCUGUCUGGUGGAAAACAUACAAUCCUCCAAUUUGGCUUCUGGAUGGAAAAAAUGAAGUACUUACAACGCAUGAAAAAAUGGGAAUGGAUGGAGAUUUAAUGCUAAGAGAUCUGAGAGCCUUAGCAACAUGUCGUAAUAAUAGCAAUUCUACAAAUCCCACCCCGAAAAAAGAAGGUGUUUACCUUGUCGCUCCACUUUCAGCUAUAUUUCUGGAAAACUAUAUCGACAAUCAAGAAUCUGAGCAUCUCUACUUUCAAGAAGUUUGGCAUUAUAAAAGACACUUAAAUCUUGAUGAUCUAGACUUUGUUUCUGAUGGGCUCUGGCCUACUAUUAAACGAGUAGUCGGAAGGAGAGGAAUCGGUGCCUGGAAAAUUACCAAGGACUGUAACGAAAGCAUAAAAAGAUGA